AUGUCUCAUUUGAAUAACACUUCAAACAAACAAAUAUUUGAUUUUAAAUUAAUAAUACAUUUGUUGACUAUUUUACUAAUUUUUUGGUCACAUAUUUGACAUCAGCUAUGAGUUUACAACUAUUAAUAUUUAUGAUCAAACUUUUAUCGCAACUUUUGAUUUGACUUAACAUUUGUUUAUUAAACCAAAAGUUUAUGUCAAGCUAUUGUUGUAAUCAUUAUAUGAUAUAUUAAUCACAAUUAAAUUGAAUUGAAUUGAAGUCAAUACACAAGUGUUUGCAAAAUGAAUGAAAUGAUGAAAAGGAUGUCUUUAACUAAACUUAAAGAAAGACUAAACAGAAAGUCAAAGAAGAAGAGAUGCAAAAAUCGCACCGAAGAUAACAAACAAAUGGAUGACUUAAAAGAUGACGACUUCGAUGACGAUAAUCACACCAAACAUGAGUUUGAUAUCACUUACGAUCGAUUGUCAACCAAUUCAGACAACAAUAAUUCAAUUAUAGACUCAGAAACCAAUCAUUUAAUGAAAUUUCCGACAGUUUUAUUGCAAUCUUUUCGCAAAAAAUUUAAGAAAAAUAAAAACAAACAAAAAACUUAUCAAAUCUCUGAUUUCAAGCCAUCAAAAGCUGAGUUUGGUUACGAAGAGACAAAAGAUGACUAUAAUUGUAAACUAAAUGAAGUGGACUUAAGUGAAGAAUUUAAUGAAGGAAUAGCAACUUUGGUCGACACUAGUGAUGGACAACAAAAUCAAAGUACUCCGCUUAAGACAAGUCUUAUUAAAAUUGACUCACUUUCAGAAGACUCGCAAUCUUUGUCGUGUCUUUCAAAUCAAUUGUCAAUUGAUGACAAAAGUCUUGAAAACAGGGGUUCAUCUAAAAGAAAUGCAACCGAAAAGAAAUUUAGUUUAGUUGAAGAGAUUGACCGAAUUGUACGCAACGGUUGGUAUUGGGGACCAAUUACUAGACGAGAAGCUGAAGAAAAACUUCGCGACCAAAUGGACGGAUCAUUCUUAGUGCGCGACAGUUCUGAUAAUCACUAUUUGUUUAGUCUUAGCUUUCGAUCAUUUGGUCGGACACUUCAUACACGUAUUGAAUACUCAAACGGAAUGUUUAGUUUUUAUUCCAACGGUUCCAGUGAUGGAAACUCGUCGCUCAUUGAUUUGAUUGAAGAGUCAUUGUCUAACUCGGAGAAAGGGAUAUUCUGUUAUUCGAGAGGUCGUUCGCCAGUUUCGCCAUCAUUUCCAGUGCGACUGACGCGUCCGAUCUCCCGAUUUAGCGAAGUCCGGUCAUUACAAUAUUUAUGCAAAUUUGUUAUCCGACGGACCACUAGUUUCUCUCAAAUUCAAUCACUUCCGCUCCCGAAGAGUAUUAAAGGUUUUAUUGAAAAUUCUAUUUUUUAGUGAAGACAUUGAUUGUUGUUUUUAUCAUUUAAUUUCAUUAUAUUUAUUAUAAUUUUUAUAAAUUUUAUAAUCAUUUUUUAGA